CCCUUCGUCCACUCCUCGAGAGAUACGACACUCAGAGAGAAAACUAACCCUUUACUGGGAAGGUUUACUACCCGAAAAACUACAACUGUCAAAUGGCGCCGUUGCUGGGGAGUGGAACGAUCUUCUCACUUCUUUUUCACCAGCCACCUGUAAUAAUUAUUAUGGAUAACUCCAGUGGGGACGGUCCGCCCUCUUUCUACCAAUCACCCAACCGCCCUCCAUACCAAACCCAUCCACCUUACCACCCACAUCAAAACUCAUAUGAUGACGACUACCAAGUCAACAAUGGGUCUGACUACUAUCCCUGCCAUGAGGAACCCCCAUAUGAUAACCCAUCUAGGAGCUUUGGAUAUUCUCUGUACCAAGACGCUGAUGGGGAAAAUUAUUAUGAACCUCAUGGUGGUCACAGUGACUAUGACCACAAUGGGCCUAUGUACGACGAUCAACCUGAUCCACUCGUCGAAGAAAUCAUAAGAUUAGAACAGAAAAGUUUCUAUUUCGACGAACUUUUAUUUGCUGAAGGCUCGUGGUACGAACCACCCUACUCCCAUGACUACACUUUGUUUGCUGAAGAACAAAUUGAAGCAAACAAGGUGGCAAUUCGAGAAAGAGCAAAACUUCUCGAAUCAGUCCGGAAAGAAAAGGAGUUCGAACGCAGAUUAUGCGAAGGAUCAGAUAUGAUGCAGAAAAUGCUAGAUGACUUCCAAAGAGAGAGACUAGAAGCUGAGGCUAAAGCUGAUAAAUUAGUCAAUGAUCUCUGCAAGGCUGUUGAACUUAAACGCUCCCUCCAAUCUCAAGAUCAAAUGAGGGAGAUUAAUGUUCAAAAAGAGGCUCUAGAACCCAAGACCAACCUUGAACCCAUCAACCAACAGGUCCCUGUUCUAGAAGAUUCACCUAAUUCCGCACCAUCACAGAAACCCGAGAGCAUAACAACUCUCGCUAGGGCUACUAUGGUGAUGUUACCUGAAUCUCUUCCUAGCCAAGUCCCAACUAGCAUAGUUGUACAUGAGGUGGAACCAACUGAGGGACUUGACUCAGAACCACCUACGCUCGUUCAAGAAAAGAAGGAGGAGGAAGUUUUGCUUACGGCAAUAAACGACCAUCUCCUUAAUUGUGUUGAAGACAAACCUCCAGAGGAACCUGUUCUGGAGGAGAUAGAGCCCACUACCUACCCCCAAGAUUCCAACGUUCAAGAGUCUGAGGAGGAAUAUAUAGACGAAGAAAUACCUAGCACAGAGGAACCAAUAACGUCUAUAGAUAAUCAUGCUUCAUCAGAAGACUUAGACCAAACUUUCUUUGACUCCUUACUUGACGGGUGUGACCUUGUCUGCCUGAAGGAUAGUUGGAUCCAAAAUAGUUGGGAUGAACUUCUGGUAAGUGACACUGAAGACUCUUCCUUGGGGGAGGGUACGAUCAUAAUCAUUCAGCCACAAACAGAUAGUCAACCCAUUGAAGACAAGGAAGAGAUCAGUCUUGCUAUGAAGGCCAAUGAUGUGGAUCAAUUGAAGAGACCUCCGCCCCCACCCACUUAUACAAAGUCUCCUCCAUAUAUCCUGUUGCCACCAAGCCGCAGGGAUGAGUCAAGGAUCCUAGACCUUGACCGAGCAAUAACGAGGUGGUAUCAGAAGAGAGUCAAAAAGAAGUUGGAAGCCAAAUGCUCUUCACCGGCAUUCUAUCAAAGCUAUCUGGAGAUGAUAGCUGCUCAAGAACUCUCCGAAUUUCUUCAAAUGAAGAUUCGCCUCAAAUAUGAAGAAGAAGUUCUAGAAUUCUACAGAAAUGGAGAGGUCAAGACUGUUCAUUCAAAGAAGGACCCACAGAGGACAAUUCAAGUCAUUAAGUCCACUGUUGGAAGGACCAAAGUGAAGCUUUCGCAGAAGAAAUUGGGAGAAAAGCUUCACCUUCCCAAUUCUGGAGUUGAAAUUGGAAAAUUUCCAGUCAAAAAUCUGGACUGGAACAUUAUUGGAAUUUCUGGCCAAGCUCCCUCUAGCCCAGCGAAGAAAGCAGACCUAAACAACGACUACAAAUUAGUUUUGGAGCUGGUCAUAAAGUGCCUAGAGUGUGGAAAUGGAGGUCUGUACAUUGGAUAUAUUUUGGAGUCUAUGGGUGUUGCUUCUGAUGGAAAGAAGUAUGAAGAAAGAUAUUGGUUAUACUAUCUGUCUUCCAAAGGGGAAAACAGAGCUGCUGCUAGUGCUACUGCAGAGGAAAGCUCUUCAGACAAUGUCCCACUCAUCAAUCUGACGAAGACUGCCAAGAGGAAGCAAGUGGUGUCUCCCUCUCUCAGUAUUGAAGCACCACUGAAUCUUGCUCUAGUCAAUCUGGAAGAAGAAGAAGAAGUAUUUGACCAAGGAGAACUUCAAAGGAAGAAAAAGAGGAAAAUCAUCUCUCCAUCAACAUCUGGAAAUGUCAAUCCGGAUGAGUUGAAGGAGAAGGAACCUGCUGAGGAAACCUCUGCCCACAACCGGAAUCCUCAACAACUUGAAGAAGAAAUUCCUCAAGUCCAAAGCCUUCCAACCCCAUCACCUCAACCACAAACAGAUGAUGCUGAAAACCAAUUCUGCUGUGAAGAAAUCUUGGAUGACUACUGGGUAUGGCAAAGAAACUAUGAAGACCUGCAUCUGGAACACUUGGCCACCUCACCAGUUUCAGAUUUUGAAGUAGAUGAUGAGGAUACUGCAGUCUACAAGCCAGUCUUUUCAAAAGCCACAGAAAAUCAGGUGGUUCUCACCACUGAAGCACAGGCUAACUUGGAAGCAACAGCUGAGGAUUUCCAAAUAUUUCCAGAAACCUCACCUGCUUUUGAAACGGUUCUGACUGAAGCUGUCCAGGAGAAUAUCUCCAACCAGCCUGAACUUGAGAUCCCGGAGAAGUCAGCAGAAAUUCCGGAGCAGUCAGCUUUUCCAGAAACAAAUGAAGAAGAACAAGCUGUAGAAGUCCAAAGGAAUUCUGCAGAAGCUGAAAAGGAAGUUCAAACGACAGCACUGGAGGCCUCUGAAACUCCAGUGGAAGUCUUUAAAGAACAGAAUGAAGCUGAAGAAAGAGACUCCCUCUCUAUGCAUAUAUCAAACUUUGUGCUUGAUAAAGCAGAAGAAGAGUCUAAGAGAAUUGUUGAUGAAGAAGAUUUGCAAGAAGAUGCUGAAUCUCUUCCUAUGCAAAUUGUCCAAAGAACACCAUCUUCUCAUCAGGUAAACAACUUACUUUUCCAUAGCUCUUCCAUUCCUACUCUUCCGGAUGAGGUACCAGAAAUCGGGACAAGGAAAAUCCAAGGGUUGAUUGAAUCAGCCCUAGCAUCUCAACAUGCCUCCUUUAGGCAAGAGAUAGAGCAGAUGAAAGCUAGUUACACCAAGCAAAUAGAGAAAUCUGAAGAGAAACACAGCGCAGAUCUCAAGAAAAUAAGCAAAUCUGAAGAAAAGACUCUAGAGAUCAUCUCUCUAUUGAGUAAAACUGUGAGCAACACGAUGGACACAUAUGCAUCUGACAGUUAUCUUCAACUCAAGGAGAUUAACAAAGUCAAAGAGCAAAUAGCAAGCGUCACAGUUGGUCUACAAAAGCAAAUGUCCCUUCUCCAAAUGGACAUCAGAUCAGCCCUAGAAGUGUCUUCAGCAAAUCAGGUAGUGACCAAAGACUACUUGAAGGUGAUCAUUGAUAAUCAGAAGGAAGCAUUCAAACUGUUUAGACUUCUUAGCACAAAUUCUGGAAAUCGCAAGAUGGAAGUGAUUCUUCAACAACACAGUCCAUCCUUGAUUCCAGAACUCCCCAUUGCAGUCAAAGAAGGAGAAGUCUCUUAUAUUCCUUCGCAUCUGAACAUGACUGAUCUAAUCCUAGAAGCACAGCAAAGUAAUCCGGAGAACUCGGCACAGCAUCUGUCCAGCUCAGGACUGGAUGGAACAGAGGCUAUAGGAACAAUUGUUGCACACUUCUCAAAUGAUGUCCAAACAGAGGAAAGACGCAACAAUUUAAGGUGCAUCAAAGAACUCUGUGGAAACAUGCAAGGCAUCAGUGAGACUGCCUGAUCUUCAAAGGGCAAGAGGAACUGAAGGUUCUUUUCAUCAAACCAGGGGGAAAGUAUGUGAAAACUUUAAUUUGUUUUGAUGAAAACACCUUCCUGUUUAAACAUUGCUUGAUUGGUUUAAACAUUGCUUCAAUAUUUCUCUUAAAUUGUGCUUAUUAUGCUUGAUUAUGCUAUCUCAAGUAUGAUUUUGAGAAUUUUUGGUGAAGCGCAUACAUUCAGGGGGAAUGAAAUUCAGGGGGAACU